AAGCGCACGGCUCCUGUGAACGAGAACGAGAUGCUCCCAAACGCGGAAGCAGGUCAGGUUUGCAAAAUCUCCACUGGCAUCUCUGUCCAAUCCAAAGAGCCACACCGCGAGUGCAGCUGAGCGCGGGGGCCUGGAGGGGGGCGAGGCAGCACAGAGAGCAGCACACAGAGCAGAGCAGCACAGAGAGCAGCCCGGCGACACCACUGGCCGCUGGAGCUUCAUGACAACCGCACAGACUUAGGCGAAAGAGCCACGGAGAGCGCGUUUUUAGGGGGGAAACAGAGCAGAGAGACGCGUGGGGGCGGCUGCUCCAACGGGAAAGGGACCGGCCCGUGUGUUUUUCGAGCGCUUCUUUCCCCACGGAUGCGUAUUUGUCUUUGUAGCGGUUUAUUUUAAGGGCACAGGGGCUGCAGGACAGAUCAGGAGUGGUUACGGUGUAGCUCUAGCCGCCGCCAUAUCGUCUGCUGCGUCGGAGUAUUCGCUGUGUCUUCCACCGCACCAUGGGGAACGCUGCCACGGCCAAGAAAGGCAACGAGCUCGAGAGCGUGAAAGAGUUUCUAGCCAAAGCCAAAGAAGAUUUCCUGCGCAAAUGGGAAUGCCCACCACAGAGCACAACGUGUCUAGAUGACUUUGACAGAAUAAAAACCCUGGGAACCGGCUCCUUCGGAAGAGUCAUGCUCGUCAAACACAAAGGAACAGAGCAAUACUACGCCAUGAAAAUCCUGGACAAGCAGAAGGUGGUGAAACUCAAGCAAAUAGAACACACGCUAAAUGAGAAGAGGAUAUUACAGGCCGUGAGCUUCCCCUUUCUCGUCAAACUCGAGUAUGCCUUUAAGGACAACUCCAACCUGUACAUGGUGAUGGAGUACGUUCCAGGAGGAGAGAUGUUUUCACACCUAAGACGAAUUGGCAGGUUUAGUGAACCACACGCGAGGUUUUAUGCCGCCCAGAUAGUGCUGACGUUCGAGUACCUCCAUUCACUAGAUCUUAUUUACAGAGAUCUGAAACCCGAGAACCUCCUCAUCGACCACCACGGAUACAUCCAGGUGACAGACUUCGGCUUUGCCAAGAGGGUAAAAGGCCGGACCUGGACGUUGUGUGGGACGCCAGAGUACCUCGCCCCAGAAAUCAUCCUCAGCAAAGGCUAUAACAAAGCCGUGGACUGGUGGGCCCUGGGAGUCCUCAUCUAUGAAAUGGCAGCAGGUUACCCUCCGUUCUUUGCAGAUCAGCCCAUUCAGAUCUAUGAGAAAAUUGUGUCUGGAAAGGUACGGUUUCCCUCUCACUUCAGCUCAGACUUGAAGGAUCUUCUGAGAAACCUGCUGCAGGUCGACCUCACCAAACGCUACGGUAACCUGAAGAACGGCGUCAGCGACAUCAAGGGACACAAAUGGUUCGCUACAACGGACUGGAUCGCCAUCUACGAGCGGAAGGUGGAAGCCCCAUUCAUACCAAAGUGCAGAGGUCCAGGGGACACCAGCAACUUCGACGACUAUGAAGAGGAGGAGAUCCGCGUGUCUGUUACAGAAAAAUGCGCUAAGGAGUUUGCCGAGUUUUAGGAUGAGUGACCGUGGAUAUAUCAGGGAAAUAAGGGGGAUCUUUGCACUCUUCAAAAAGACUUUGGGAUGGAGCAGAGAACAUUGGUUUUCUUCUUUUCAGAUCUACAACAUAGUCCUUUCCAUUCCAUUUACAGCUCAACACGAUCCUCCGGUGCCGAUAAUCUUCACUGUCACCUGCACCUGCUUUAAAGGCAGAUACACCACUUUUUCUUUUCUACCUUUACUCUUUUUUACUUUCAAGCAGUUAGUCUUGGAUGUCGUAUACCCCUUUUGAAAUGUGAUUUUUUUUUUUUUUUUUUUUUUUUUCAGUUUGAGAAAAAAACUGAGACAAAGGCCAACGAUAGCCCAAUCACAGUCUCUGAAGUUGUGUGGAGGUUUUGGCAUGAAGGUUUCAGUGGCGGUGUGUUCCCUCUAUGUUGGGUGAUCUGUUACAAUGGCCCGCUUUCAGAGCUAGUAUUGUCCUAUGUGCAUAUCAUGUCAGUGUUUUUUGAAAUCAUGACCAAAUCUAGUUCAUUGGAAGACACCAGAAGAGAGGGUUUUGUUCCUUUCUUUGCUUUUGCCUUAGAGAGCCCAAUGGUCCCGUCCAAAGAAGCGUCUGUGCACGUCUUCUUCUUGGUGUUUGGACCUAGGCACAGCAAGCCAUUCUACUCAACGAUAAACUCUGUUACAUUAGAAAAACACACAUGAAGUCUAUUUUCUUCGAUCCUUCCAGGUCUGCUAGUUAAAAUGUUCAUGUUUGUAUCGAUUUUUUUUGUUGCUGUGACUAACCUUAUAUAGGCUAGUAGUAGAGCUGCACUGUAUCUGGAGAACAUGGACAUAUUUCGUAUCGUGAAAGGUCGCCAUUAUUAAAGUCUAGUUUUAUAAUAUCACAAUAACAGAUUUUUUGAGUAUGUUAUUAAGCUGUAGGUUGGGCUUAUAAACCUUCAAACAGCGCGUAGCCUAUGCCACAUCAGCCACGGCCGGGCAGUGUAGCAAACAGAAAGGGAAUCGAGUGAAUCUUUCAUGAUAUAAAUAUGUUUGCGUGUUACGUCCACAGUGGUACAGUUCAGCCCUGCGUUCUUGUCAUAUUGGUCCAGUAUUUCAGGUCUGCUUCUGAAGGCCGUCGUUACAUUUGGAACCAUAUUGACGUAAUGGAAAAGAGUGGAAUCCCUUUAUUGGAGUAAUGUAAAUGUUUUGGCUUUGUGCCUCGACAUUGUUAAAGAAACUUUAAAAAGUAAAGGCAGAGUUUAUAAUAUAAUUAAAGAUGUGAAAAAAAUGAAAUAAAUGCAAAGAAAAAUAUUUAUGAUGUCCCUUUUUAUCACCCACCAACAGAUUUUUACUACAUCUAAAGAAUGUCAACCUUAUGGUAUUCACGUUUGAAGGCUUGGUUUUAUCGCACACCUUUCCUACCGUACACUGGCUGAAUAAAGUGAGGACUGCUCCUUUGUAUCACAUGUAACCCUGUCAUUGUUAAGCUCAUUACAUUAUACGUAUACGCAUUGUUUCAUAUGUUUUUAUUUAUACACAUUAGAGAUGCUAAUAAAUUUUAUUUUUAAAAGUG